UAAUUAAAGAAAAAAGAAACUUCAUCUUUCUUGUUAACCAUGGAUUCCCCUCAUUGCACCCGUUCUCUAUCAGUGACUUUGUUCUAUCUUUUCAUCCUUUUGUCAUCAAAUCUCUUAACAUUAUUCAUCUCCACCUCUUUGUACGCAUCUUGUUCAUUAAACCCUACCGGAAACCUACUCGUUACUACUGAUCAUAACACAAGUCCACCACCAUCAGACCUUCCACCUGAAUUUAUAGCCUUUACAUCACCAAAAGACCUCCCUUUUGGAAUGAACUCUAACUUUGACUCAGAUAAGCUAUACCCUCCAGUUGGGAGCUUAUGUAACCUUUUUCGUGAUGAAAUUCGACAAUACAUGUCGUAUAAGGUGAAUGGAUCCUGUCCAGAUGAUGAACUUUUAGCACAAAAACUGCUCCUCAAAGGGUGUGAGCCACUACCCCGUAGACGAUGCCGCCCAGCUGCACAGGUGCAGUAUGUUGAACCUUACCCUACUCCAGAAUGCUUCUGGUCCACACCAUCCGAUUCAUCGGUCGUCUGGACCGCGUAUACUUGCAAGAAUUACUCGUGCUUAAUCAAUCGCAAACGAAACCAAAAAGGGUUUGAUGACUGUAAAGACUGUUUUGAUCUUGGAGGUAGAGAGAAGACUAGGUGGGUUGAAUCUAACAACCGAGGUGGUAUUGACUUUGCGAUCGAUGAUGUGUUGGCAGUCAGGAAACCAGGGACGAUCAGGAUAGGUCUAGAUAUCGGAGGGGGGGUGGCCACUUUUGCAGUAAGAAUGAGAGAACGGAAUAUAACUAUAAUAACAACUUCCAUGAAUUUAAAUGGUCCUUUCAAUAGCUUUAUAGCAUCAAGAGGUGUUGUACCUAUGUACAUAAGCAUUUCCCAAAGACUUCCUUUCUUUGAUAACACUCUAGAUAUAGUCCACUCAAUGCAUGUUUUGAGUAACUGGAUACCCACCACGUUGCUACAUUUCUUGCUUUACGAUGUAUAUCGGGUUCUUAGGCCGGGUGGGCUGUUUUGGCUUGAUCAUUUCUUCUGUGCAGAAGAUCAACUUGAAGAUGUUUACACCCCACUUAUUGAAAGCAUUGGAUUUUCUAAAUUAAAGUGGGUGGCAGGGAGGAAAUUGGACAGGGGGGCAGAGCUACGAGAGGUGUAUCUAUCAGCAUUGCUUGAAAAGCCACUCAACAACUCUUGGUAGCAGAAAGAAAACCAAUGAACAGAAAGAGAGAAAGAGGGGAAAACCACUACCCCAACAUGUUGCUUAAAGUUUGUUUUUAUAAUAAGAUUGCCUAUUUCGUAUUAGAUUUGAGCUUACAAGAUUGGAGUUGCAAGUUAAAUUAAUAAUAUCCAUUCUGUGUUACACUGGCUAUAUGUUAUCUCUAUCUUUCAGGUUGAAUUUUAUUGGUUUCAUGUGUGACAACCCGUACUUUUGAGGUUA